AUAGGCGCCGAGGCGUCGUCGCCGUGUCCAACUCUAACCACACGUAGCGCGCACGCCAGCCACCGCCUACAUCGUCGCCGCCGGAGUUCCCGCCAACGUCGGGAUCGGCCUCGCCGGCGGCAUGGAGGUGGGCGGCGAGGGGCAGUACCCGAUAGGAUUCCGGUUCAAGCCCAAGGAGGAUGAGCUCGUCGACUAUUACCUCCUCCCCAGGCUGCAGGGCCGGCCGGCCGUGCCCAACGGCUGCGUCGUCGAGGCCAACGUGUACGCGUGCCACCCAGAGACGCUGAUCAACGAGCACAGGGGCGCGGGCCGGCAGGAGGAGUGGUACUUCGUGUCGCCGAGGGCUCGCAUGUACGGGAACGGCGUGAGGCCGGCGCGGAAGUCGCGGGACGGCCGCGGGCGGUGGAAGGCGUCCACGGCCACCAAGGAGGUGGCCCAGGUGGUGGUCCGCAACGGCGUCAAGUUCUGCAAGAGCGUGCUCAACUACUUCGAGGGCAACCCCAAGAAGGAGACCAGGACCAAGUGGAUCAUGCUCGAGAUCACCGUCCCCGAGUACGAGGUCAAGCUCGACAGGCCCGGCGCAAGAAACAUUUUGGACGAGUACGUCAUGUGCAAGAUCUACGUGUCCCCGCAGCACAAAAAGAAAUGCGAGGACGACGACGACGACGACGAGGAAGGCACCGGCUCGGCGUGCGAGGAAGAAGAAGCCUGCUCCUCCACGCAGCACGGCCAGGUCACGGCGGAGCCCAACUUAUCAGUGAAGCAAGCCGGCAAGCGGCCCAUGGUCGAGCAGCCGCCGCAGCGCGGGCGCACCGCGCCCGCCCGGAAGCAGGCCCGUCGAGGGAGCCCAGGCAUUGGGUCCACGCAAUCGAGCUGCUCCACCAGCAACGCCGCCGCCCCGACGGAACUGUACUACGGUGGUGGACCGGGCGCCCACCAUCAUGGCCUGCAGCUGCAGGCAACAGCGACGAUGCAGCAGCGGCCGGCAGGCGCGUACAGCGGCCGGGCGCCAGCGACGCCGCCGGCCGGCGCGUGCGGUGGCCGGGGACAUGGGCAGAUGCCAACGCUAAGACCGGUGGUAUAUCAGCCGUUCUCGGACCUGACAGGUCACCCCCUCGGCCAGAUGGAGAUGGCGGCGGCGACGCGACCUCCGAACCCGGCGACCAGGCCGCAGUGCUCCCCGGGGAGCCAGCCGCCGCGGCACCCGGGGACGGCCUUCACCUUCAGGCCGCAGGUGUCCCUGCAGUGUUUCUACGACCAGAACUACCGAGCCGUGCCGCAACCGCCGGCCUACGCGUACGCGUCGCACCUGCAGAGGCAGGCCGUCCCUCGCGGUCAUGGUCCGUCAUACAGCGGUCACCCUUAUUACCAGCAGCGCAGGUCGUUGCCGCCGCCGGCGGUUGGUCACGGUGGAGCAGCGAGCGCGGGGAACGGCGCCGCGCGCCUCAGCGUCAAUGCGGAGCAAUAUUUUGUGGAUCUGGCCACGAUCAACACGUCCCUUGCCGGAGGGUGUACGCAGCGGGCGGCGGCGCCGGCCACCCUGGUCGAGUCACCCGCGCCCGCGCCCGCGCCCGCGCCGACCGGUGUUGCGGAAGUGGAAACCGAGACUGGGAAAACGUCUGGCUUGAACACGCAAGACGCUGCUUAGACGCUAGUUGUGCUCAUUUGUGUCAUUUUUUAAUAGUAAUUUUGUGUCAUUCUCCUGAUGGUAAA